GCGUCAGCCCGACAGCUUUUCAGUACGUUUUACAUUCCACUUAAAAUGACGCAGGCGAAACUUUUGGCAGUCUUCGAGAUACCGUGACGUAGCUUAGACAGAACGUAAAUCAACCCAAAAACCAAGUGAAACUGCAAACAAACAACUAAAUCAGUAACGAAUGCAGCUGCACAACAUCAAUUCAACUGAACGCCUUACGUUAUUAACGCAAUGAAAAAAGCUAUUUGAGUACAUGGAGCGAACAGGCCAAAAAGAGCACUGAUAAUCGUGCCAGGCAAAAGCAUGCUUCACUAACAACGUGUUGUGGCUGUGGCUUGCAGGAAGGUUAUUCAACUCGCAUCUGUCUGAAGAUCACAAAGCAAAAUGAGCAACUUACGCAUUUGCAAGGCCAUGUCGCUGCAUCCCUGCGCCAAUCUGUGGCAACCUGAGCCUGCAACAGCCGACGAAGUAGGACAUAUACCGUUCAACUCGAGGAUAUGUCUAAUGGGCUGCAAUGCGACGCCAGCGGAACUACGUCGAUUCCCAGUACACGAUAUUAAUCGCUGCAACCAUUGGCUACGCCAUUUCGCUGUGAGCGACCAACUUGUGGAGGCACUUGGCGGCCUAAAAAAACUACGCAUCUGCUUCAGGCAUUUUAGCCAGCGCAAGGAAAUGGCCAAGACGCGCAUGAAGACGACGCCGAUGCGUGCAUCCAAGCCAAAUAAAAUAACAACAGGCGAAGCAAUUGCAACAUCUGCAACAACAGCAGCACCAACAACAACAUCAUCAACAACAGCAAUUGAUACAAUAGCAUCUGCUAAUCCAUUGGCAGACAGCACAACCAUUGAGCUGGUCGAUUGUUCCACUGGGAAGGCUCAGAAGCAGUCACCGAUGGAGAAGUCGGUGACGACCAUAACACCUGUGCCACAACGUUCCCACUCCACGUGCUCGUCCUCGUCCGUCUCCAGCGAUGUGCAAUCGAUUGGCUCCGACUACGAGGCCAACUUGCCGCUUAACAUUGUGCUCAAUACACAAGCCGUGGGCCGCAAGGGCAAGGCAACCACCAAUGGGUUGGCCAAGAAACGGAAAUUGUAUUUGAUAACUGAAAAGUCGGAUGAGAAGAAUGGCAACAGUGGGCAGCCCAAUGGCCAGAAGCGUAAGAUGUUUGUAUUGGUGGAGCAGGAGAAGGAUUCAUCUGGCAAGAAACUAAUGAUUGUCACGGACAAACAGCAGUCGACUCUCACCCAGCACUUGGAGAAAUACCUACCCGAGAUACUCAGCUGCAUACAGGGCAAGGAGCAGGCGCAGGUGCAGGCGCAGGCGCAGGCGCAGGUGCAGGCACAGGCACAGACACAGGCGAUAGUGAAGCAACCGACGAUCAAGGCGCAACAGCAGCCGGCCAAACAGGAGCCGCUGUCAACGAAGCCAAUUCCAAUUCCAAGCAUAGCCCACAAGCCGCACAUAACGUUGCCGCCCAAGAAAAAUCCGACAAACUUUGUCAAAUUGGAAGAAUCUGCGGUCAUUACGCCACCACCCACCAGUGUUUCCUCAUUGCCCGUGGUGCAGCCCGUGAAGGAGUCGACGCCGCCGCCGCCGCCGCUGCUCGAAACUGAGACCAGUAUCAAUUUAUCGCCCGAUUUUCGGUUUCUCAUGAAGAUAUUACCCAAGUUGGAGCAUAUACCUGAACCGCACAAGCAACAUGUCAAGCGUUCCAUACAGAUCUUUAUCGAGAAGAGCUUCAGCCAUUAUGGCAAAAAAGAUUAGCACAACACAAACAACAAAAGUUCACUUAUCAUUUUAGUGUGUACUACUUGCUCAUAAGUUCUUCCCUUGCGGAUUAUUAUUAACAUUUUUAUUUGUCUAAGACUGAUUCAAAGCGUAGAAUACGUAAAUACGUACAACAAAUAUGUAUUUUUAAUGCACCGCAGCGCAACUGCAGAGCUGCAGUGUAGAUUCUAGAUGUAAGAUGCAAAUUUUAUGGAACCCGAUCAAAGAUCGACCCAAAGAUGGGUAUACUUUUUAAUUUGUAGCCAUAAAAGAAAACUUGAAUUCUGAAUUAGAUAUAUUUGAGAGCUCUUUAGCCACGAACUGAAUGACAAACGUUAUGUCUUAUAAAUCAUAAAACAGA